GCCGGAGGAGCCGGGCGCGGGUCCGAGCGGCUCCCCCGCGGGCGAUGCUGGCGGGAGGGCCCGGGCCAGGCCUGGAGUACGCGCUCGCGGUUAUUCGGGAGUCCCCGGCCGCCCGUCCUAGCGAGGCUCGGCUGCAGAGCGUAGUUAGGAAAAGGUGAAGUCCUUGGCGGGUCACAAAGGCGUGCGCAGUCACUGCCCAGGGUGCCCACGUGUCCGUCCUCCACACCCCACAAUGUCCUACGUUUUUGUGAACGAUUCUUCACAGACUAAUGUGCCCUUGCUUCAAGCCUGCAUUGAUGGAGACUUCACCUACUCCAAGCGGCUGUUGGAAAGUGGCUUUGACCCAAAUAUCCGAGACAGCAGGGGCAGAACGGGCCUUCACCUCGCCGCAGCCCGAGGGAACGUGGACAUCUGCCAGCUGCUGCAUAAAUUUGGUGCUGAUCCACUGGCCACAGAUUAUCAGGGGAACACUGCCCUCCACCUGUGUGGCCACGUGGACACCAUCCAGUUCUUAGUUUCCAAUGGACUCAAAAUUGAUAUUUGCAAUCAUCAGGGUGCUACCCCCCUAGUUCUGGCGAAGCGCCGGGGCGUGAACAAGGAUGUCAUCCGGUUGCUGGAGUCGUUGGAAGAACAGGAGAUGAAAGGGUUCAACAGAGGCGCACACUCGAAGCUGGAGACCAUGCAGACGGCCGAGAGCGAGAGUGCCAUGGAAAGCCAUUCUCUGCUCAACCCCAACCUCCAGCAAGGUGAAGGAGUCCUGUCCAGCUUCCGGACCACGUGGCAGGAGUUCGUGGAGGACCUAGGCUUCUGGAGGGUCCUGCUCCUGCUCCUGGUCAUUGCUUUGCUAUCUCUGGGCAUUGCCUACUAUGUGAGUGGGGUGCUGCCCUUCGUGGACAACCAGCCCGAGCUGGUGCAUUGAGGGCUCACGGGGGUAAGGCAGGCUCCUGUCAGUAUUGGUUUUCAGUUCUUAGACUAUUUCUUAGCACAAAGCAUCGAGGGCUGUGUUUUGUUUUGGAUUUUUACUUAUCAUGACCCUUUGAGAAGAAUGAAUUGUUCCUUUGAACUUUGUCCUGUGGUCGGUUGGACUGCAUCCUAACACUGCACCAGAAUUGUGUGAUCAGAUGUGGUAGUGACCGAGUGGAGGUCACGGCAGAGGCUCGGGAAGCCUCUGAGUAAGGACCCGACCCUGAUGGAGGAGCAGUGGCCACCGGAAAGCAGAUUGUUUUUCCUAUGAUUCCAUUUUGUUAGUGGACUGGUUUUCUCUCCUGUUCAUUUUCUUUCAGGAGCCCUGUCCUGUUUUUAUUUACUUGCCUGGGAAGAGGGUGAAAGUGGCACAACCAAAAUGGCAUUAGAACUGUUAGAAACUUUGAGUUUUAAAGAGCAUUUUCCAGCUUGUGAGACAGCAGUCAGGUUUUGAGAAAUAGCAGUCUUUCCUUUACCAUGGAGUGAUGAUGGAUCUAACAUUUGGUUGCUGUGGGACAAUUUUGAUUCUAAACUGAUUGUUUGCAGUGUGUGUGAAGAUUAGCUCGUAGAGUUCACUCUGCCCACUCCCCAGUCUCCUCCCGUUUUUACUUUAAGAUGUCCUAAUCGGGAAACCCUUUGAGUGAGUGGUCACUAGAGAAGAACUCUCUCCUUCCCCGUCACGGUCACCCAGCACUGCUGCCUGACAGCCCCAGCAGCCAGCUGCGUCUCGUGGUCAUCACAGUCACCCUUGGUCCCAGCCAAUGCCAUCAGGCCAGCCGGGGUCCGACAGUGGAGCUGGAGGGUGUUUCUGAGUAAGAGCCGGGAACGAUAUCAUGCUGGUGUCCCAGUGUCAGUCGGCUACCGUGGCAGCCUGGUGUGACUAGGAAUCUGGACCCCAAGCCACGGUGCAGCUUCUAACCGUGUGUUUGAAGCCCCCUUUGUCUGUGGUUCUGUAAUAUAGAAAUCGUGUUUUUAUGUUAUUAUGGGGUAUGGAGGCUUAAUCAUUUUCAUUGAGUGAAAUCUGAAACCCACAGUGAAUAACUAAUGGUUUUCCUUUCUGUAGCAAAGGCGCCGCCACUAGUUGACUGUUUGGGUAGAGGGCCCUUCUGCCAGCCUCUUGCUGAUGCUGUCUCCUCUGCUUUUAGAUCCCAGCCUUUGACCCUUUUCUUCCAUGUGGCCUUCCCUAGCUGAAGGAAGUGCUGCACAGCUCCUGACUGGCUGCUUCAGAGUCAGCUUGCAGGCUUGCUCUUGCUUCAUCAUGCUUGGUGGAGUGCGUGGAGGGAAAGCAGGCUUCUGCCUGGAGAGCAGAACUGCAGUCCAGUGUGUUCGCCACAAGCCGCGUUAGCAGUAGUUGCCCUCUGUAAAUGCAAUGUAUGUAACAUGUAAAUAUGGUGCAUCUGAGAUGCCUGCAUCCUGCCCAGUUCUGGUUCCUCUGCAUUGUGUGCUCUGUACUGUUCAUGCAGUAAUGCCAAUAAAUGCAUUUAUAAAUCCUCA